GUUUGUUAUACAUAUUACAUGUCCCCGCGGCGAUGGCGUACUGACAACCGCGGGCACGCGGCGAUGGCGUCCUGGGGCACGCCGCGGGUCCUAGAACUCCUCGCCGUUCGGCCCGAGCCGCGUCGUCAACUCGGUGUCAGGCAGCCCCCCCACGGCGAGCCGCGCGGCCCAGCCGUAGAUGGCGCUUUCCAAAUCUCGGGGCAGGCUCAUGGCGCCGUUGAGCCACUUACCUUUCUGGAGGCAGGCGAAGGCCAGCUUCGGGCCACCGUCGGACACGACGACGCGGCCGUGUUGCCGCGCGCGUUCGGGCCAGACGCGCGCGUUGUGCGCUCCGACGGCGACGGCCGUCCCGUGCUUUUCUCUAAAUUGCGCCGCCAGUCUCAAUACGGACGCCUUGGCGGCGCGGUCGCGCUUACUUCGAUCAGAGUAGAAGAAGACGACCCAGAGCCGGUCGUCGGCGCCGUUGGCGAUCGCUUCCAACGCGCCGCCGUCGAGCUCGUACACCGGAGGGUCAUUUUUUUGAUAUCCCAGGCGCAGCGACCACUCGCCCCACGCAUCAUAAGCGCUGAAGAGGCCCGGCCGGAACCCCAGCCGCUCAUCUUGUACGGGGUCCCUCCCUUGUACGAGUCUCCUCAGCCACCAUACCAUAUCGUCGUACGCCCUACCUCCAAGGUAGACGUCCCACCGUCGCCCUUGGAUUGUCGUCGACACGUUCGAGGUCUGACCUUUGAUUUGGGGGCCAUACACGAGCAGGAACUCCGCAUCAAACUCGCGCACGGCGUCGAUGUCGCGCGUCGCCGCGGCGACGCCCACGCCCUCGAUGUCGAUCGCGUCGAGCGCGGCGUCGCUCGCGCAUCGCUCGGCGCACACUUUGAGCAGUGUUACUGUGUACUGUUCGAUGAAUGCGCCGUGGGUCUUGUUCUCUAAUUUUAUGAGAGCAUGGGUGCUGGCUGCCAGGAGCAGCCAGGCGUGGCGCAUCGGUGCUUUGCGCGUGCGGUGGGGAGUUGGGCCGUGCGAAUUUGAUUGUUGGGCAGCAUGCGCAGCUGGCGUGAU